GCGGAUAUGACUGCUGAUGCUGCUGCUGCGUGCUUGUGUUACCCUUGACUCCUAGUCUGCAUGUGCACCGGCCAAAGCUGGAUGUUUCUCCUGCACUGAAGAAAGCUGCAUGCCCCCCAUUUGCAGCAAGGGAACCAGGCGUCUUAUCCUCUGAUACUGAUCAAUGUUCCUGCUGCCGAGUGAUAGACACCAAACAUUCAGAAAGAUGAAGAUGCAGUCGCCAUGGGCUCGAUUUUACUCCAACAGCUGUUGCCUGUGCUGUCAUGUGCGCACCGGGACCAUCAUCCUAGGAGUGUGGUACUUGAUAAUAAAUUCUGUGGUCCUUCUUAUAUUACUGAGUGCCCUGGCCGACCCUGAUCUGUACCAUCUUCCCAACAACGAACUAAGAAAUGACUUUGACUUUAUGGAUGAUGCCAAUAUGUGCAUCGCAACUUCUAUUUCCCUCCUAAUGAUUCUCAUCUGUGCCAUGGCAACGUAUGGAGCUUACAAGCAACACGCGGCCUGGAUCAUCCCAUUCUUCUGCUACCAAAUAUUUGAUUUUGCCCUCAACUCUUUGGUUGCCGUCAGUGUGCUCGUCUAUCCAAACACCAUUCAGGAUUAUAUCCGCCAGCUGCCGGCCAAUUUUCCCUACAAAGAAGAGAUAAUGUCUGUGAAUCCGACAUGCCUCGUUGUGAUUAUACUGUUCUUUAUCAGUAUCAUAUUGGCUUUUAAGGCCUACCUUAUCAGCUGUGUGUGGAACUGCUACCGUUACAUCAAUAACAGGAAUUCCUCAGACGUCCUGGUCUAUGUAACCACUAAUGAUACAACAGUUCUGCUGCCCCACUACGAUGAGAGCGGGAGUGGAACAGCCAAGGAACCUCCUCCACCUUAUGUGUCCGCUUAACAGAAGAACCAAGACUCAAGACUAAAACAAUGAACCUUCAAGCAGCAGCUUUACACAUUGGCCGAGUUACUGGGGCAAUAAUACAUUUCUUUCCCUAGUUAUACCCGAUUGAAGCAACAGCACUACCAAAUAUCCUGUGAAUAAACAUUUAAUGGUCCAGAAACCCUAACCCUCAUCCGUGGGCACCACAACCUGAUCCUAGCGGUGACCAUGCACUGCCAGAUUGGGGUACUGGGCCCAAUGAGAUUGUAGUGUUUUCUUCUUGGCUUCAUUAUGUGUAAAUCUCCAUGAGGCCUGUGUUUUUGCAAAGUGUAUUUGUGAGGUAUAAUAAUGUACAUCCACACAUCUGUGCUGCCAACCAUCACUAACAAACAGCACCUAACUGCCUACAUGAAGCUGCUUUUUAUUAGAUGGCUUUGCUGCUUUUUAUUUGUUGACCUCUACCUUGGAUACUGGGCAUGCUGUAUAUAGAGGAACACAAGGGGGUGAUGUAAAGACAGUGGGAAAGUCUGCCUCUGGUCCUGUAACCCAUAGCAACCAACCUACUGACCCAGUCCAGCUAGUGUAGUUGACAGUUUACUAUAGGUUACUAGCAACUACUGUCCUUAUUGGAGUUUAACAGCAGUUUUAGUAAUACUGGUAUCCUGUCUCUAGUUCUACAUCAUAAUAUGCGCAUAAGGCAUUGCUACAGAGUCUAUAGUAUAAGUAGGCUAGCUUGCAUGAACCCAAAGGAAGCAGUUACUUAAAUAAAGACCCCAAUGGAUCAUUAUUAUGUUGACUUUAAUCUUUUCCACGGAACAUGACACAGGAAGUAUCUGAAAGUGAUUAAUAUUGUAAUAAUUAAGAAUUGAGCUAACGAAGAGCCAACUGUUUAAUUGCCCAUUGACUCCUUUGCUAGACUUAAAUAAGUGGGUGCUACACCUCCUGCCCAUUUUACUAUAGCCCCAUUAACGAGUCUAGAUUGCCAGCAAAGGGAAACAUAUAAUACAUGUGCUAUCCUAGCCCUUUCAUUAAUAAGAGGACAUUCAGCACCCCCGUGAAUUCUACAUAAUCAUAUAAUGUUGGCAGCUGCAGAUUAAGAGCAAUAAUAUGUAUUAUAGUAAAGUCAUAGAUUUAACACCAUAUGUAUUAAAAGCUGAAUGUGAAAGUAAACUGGCACAAUAUGGCGAUUGUCCUUUUGCAGAGCUUUAGGAAGUCUAGUGGGAAUCAUGUUCUACCUUAAGAGCAAAAAAGUGCACUAAACCAUUGCAACCAAUCAGAUCAUGAGAUUUGGUUGAUCUAAAGCAAGUCAGACUUAUGAAAACGAAUGUUUGCUUGGUCCCUAAGGGUAAGCCAGAAGCAUGGGGCGUGUCUCAAGGACUUUGUCUGUAUGGGGCCACACCUUGUGCAUUGUGCUUGGCAAAUAUACCAUGUCACAGAUUGCUACAACUCUACAGAGCAGCACCUCAAUUGUAAAUAAACCCCAGUAAAUCCCUAACUGAAGCACUUACAAUCUAAUUUUGUGCCUGGGUGACACUGGGACAGGGAGUGGGCAAUUCAGUGGCUGUGGUCACAUGAGCUGCUGUGUAAGAUCCAAGUUUCCCUGCAAUAAGAUAAUUGCAUUAGCUGAAAUACCUGUCAACAGACAUUCUAUUUAGCCACAUUCAGCCGGGGCAAGGAAUUGACCUUGAUGGCCUUAGCUUUGCAUUUCUGGUUAAGGGAUUACCGAUGAGCAUCAGGAGCCUAAAAUUAGCUGUUUUUGUAAGUACCAUGUGUUCAUUGCAGCUCACAUGCACCGCUGCCAUUCCCUUCCCACCCAUGCAGUAUCCCAGAAAUAAACUAACCGGUUUCCUUCCCAACAUCAUCACUAAAAUGUAUAAAUCUGUAGCCUGGAUAGAACUGACUCAUUUGUUUUUAUUCCAUUUCUAAAAGGCAACUCGCUUAUUCAUAAGUAGGGUUGCCAUCUGGCUGGUAUUAUAACGGCCUGGCCGGUAAAAAUGAUGGUUGAUCCCAAUGUUAUUAAUAGGGAAAAAAGAUAAAUAUAUAGGAAGGCUGAUAUUUUUUUCCAGAAAAGCUGGCAACCCUCUUCAUAAGUGAGGAAUCAUUCGAGGCUAGCCAUGUGCAAGCAUGAUAAAAUGGCAUUAACAUUUCCACCAAAAUGGGACUGAUUUCAUAUUUAGACCAGUUAUUGUAUCUAACAAAGGGAAUCUGUUAUAAUAAAACUGUUCUAAUUUGUGCCUGUAAAUCUUGUGUAGCACUGAGUAUAGUAAAGUAAUAUUGUAAAAAUA